UUUUUUUUGUUUGUUGUGCGGAAAAAGUGCAAAGGAAGCGAUAGCUACAUAUUUACAUAUGUAUCUACGUACAUUGUAUAUAAGAAAUGAAAGCGAGUGAUUAUAAUGGAAGGCGGCCUCAGUAAAUAAAAUUGCAACAAAGAGACAAUUGUCUCUGGCUCCCGCUCUGGCUCCGGCUCUGGCUCGCUUGCCGCUCUCUGUGAAGGGCAUUCCACAAAUAUUUCGUUGGUUUUUUUUGAUAAGCAUUCAGCCGCCUGAUAAGCUUCGAUAACAGUUAAACGGCAAAGUUUCACGCGCACGGCUCUCUCCUUCUCUCUCUCUCUCUGUCCACAACUGCUCUUCCACGCUCUUUGGGCUCUCGCAUACCUGCGGAACAGGCAGGAACAACACACAGUUCCCGAACAGCUGUGGCAGCGAGUGUCAUUCAAUGAGCAACAUUCAAUAAGCAACCACAACAACAAAGCGACUCAACAAAAAGUGCAACCAAAAUACAUAUAUUAAUUAUAUUAAAAAGAAAAGCUAAACAACAACAAAAAAAACCAUGGGCCGUGAUCGACUACCGGAGCUUUUGCAGCGCUCGCUGAGCUCUCAAUCGAGCUCCUCCUCCAACGGCUCACUCCUGCUCAACGUUUACAGUGGGACAACAGAGUACAACAAUAGUAACAGCAACAGCGCAAACAGUUAUAUCAUCAGUAGCACCAACAACAGCAACAACAGCAACAACAACAACAAUACUAUCAGCAGCGAGAGCAAGAAUCGAGGGAACAAGGACCGAGGGAGCACGAAAAUGUCGCAAUAUGGAGCCAAUGUAGAUGACAUUCUUAAUCCGUACUCGCAGAUCCGUUUGCAGCUCUCACAGAUUGCUGCCAAUCUGGAGGCCAUGAACCGCAUGACUCAAACCAUUAAUCUGCGCACAUUUAACGAAAACGAGAUGGAUGAUCUGCACAAUAAAAACUUGCGCCUUGGCAAUCAGCUGAUUAGCCGCUUCAGGGAAUUCAAGACCAACCUGCCGCCUGAGAACGACUAUAGCCUGGAGGCGAGAAUGAAACGCACCCUUUUCUAUGGCCUCUACCAGACAUACAUCAAUCUGUGGCAGAAGAACGAGCUCUUUCUACAAAACUACGAGCUUAAGAUUAAAAAGAACCUGCGCCUGCACUCAAAAAUCAUCAAUUCGGAGGCCAGUGAGCAGGAAAUCGAGCUGCUCAUGGAGAACAAGACCACCAAACUUUUCGUGGACAAUUUCCUGCAAGAAACGGAGAAGGAGAGGCAGACCCUUCGUGAUCUCAUGGAUCGAUUUAACGAGCUGCGCAAGCUGGAGAAGUCCAUUGAGGAUGUGCACGCCCUGUUUAUGCGCAUCCAAACGCUGGUGAUGGAGCAGAGUGAUACGAUACAGCGCGUGGAGUUCCAUGCCCAACAGGCAACGCUGUAUGUGGACAAGGGUGCCGUGGAGCUCGAUCAGGCCGAGAAGCAUCAAAAAAAGGCGCGGAAGAAAAAGAUAAUGCUCAUUACGAUACUCGUUGCUGUGCUGCUAGUAUUACUAUUUGUUGGUAUUUAUUUGUAAGGCGACCACAUAAAGAAAAUAUAAUUUUUUUUCCAUUACGUUUAAGAUUUUAAACUAAGAAAAUACAAACAAAAAAAAUAAACAACACAAAAAACACAACAUGGAGCACCGCGCUGAAAUAUCAUAACGGGAUCUGUGUGUGUAUGUGUGUGAGUGCAUA